UGGGUGAGGGAGGGGCAAAGAGCCUUAGGGGCCGUCUGUCAAUCUGUUCACCGCUCCAUUCACAUAUUCAUCUGCAUGCACCGUCAUAGAGAGAGACAGAGGAAGUGAGCGAGAGCCUCUCAUUCAUAAAAAAAGAGAAAAGUUCAUUCAUAAAAGCUGCACAUUUCUACUGCUCCUCGGGAAGAAAAAUACAGAGGGGAGGAAAGUUGAUGUACAGGUGAAGCAGGGCUGGAAGUGUGGGUCAUGAUGAUGGGACGGUACUCAGCAUGACUAUAGCAGAGCAGACUGGACUCUAGACUAUACAGGACAUCCCUAGUCUGGAUUUCUAUUUGUCCUAGUGCUCUCCUUUUUCCAGUUUCCUGAGUAUGAGAGAGCAAAGCUUACCCAGGUUCAAAUCACAGAAAGAACUUUUACCAGGCAUGCUGAAGCGCACCAAAUACAGUCGUCUGCGGAACGAUUCACUGACGUCUCUCGAGGACCGGCCCCAAAGAAUGCUCCCCCAAAAGAGGGACAUUUGCUUAGACUCUGACUUUGCCCAGCUGGAUCCUGGGACGCCUACACACCACGGCCCGUCCACACUGAGGGACUUCAUCCCCCGUGUGGCUAACAUCCGAUUGCAGAGUCCUAUUUCCCUGCAGGGCCUGAGGGGACAGACAAACAGAGCCCGGGGCAGAACCGCUGAUGACACACCCUUGUCCAGAGCAGAGUGGGGCUCAGGGCCUAACCAGAGAUUUUGUUUUCAACAUUCAGUCAAUGUGCCCCUGUCGGAUGGCCAGACUCGCUCUGCCCUCAGCUGCACAAAAAGACCAAUCACGCUGCAUCAGAUGGACAGUCUCUCCUGGACCCCUGGCUGUCCUCCUUGCUCACAUCACAGAGACGGUCUGUCCCAUAUGAAGACAUCCUCUGCAGGAGAGGACUGUACAGCGGUGGGGACGGCAAACAGAGUGGUUCACCAUCACAUCAAGUACAUGGGCAAUGUGGAGGUGACCCAGUCCAUGAGAACCCUCGACUUUGAUACGAGAAUGAAAGUCACACGCCUGUCUGCAAGGGACUGUCUGCUCUUCUGGGUCAGAUCAACCUGCAGUUUUCAGGUAGCAGGAUCAUCCUCACUGUGUCCACAGACAGUGUGACCCUAAUUGAUGCCUCCUCCUUACAGAUUGCCCACCACCCCAUGCAGGCCAUUUCAUUCGCCUCAGGAGGAGAUCCGGACAUGGCAGAUUACAUUGCUUAUGUGGCCAAAGACCUUGUCAAUAAGAGAG